AUGAAGUCGCGGCAGAAAGGGAAGAAGAAAGAGAACUCCAAGGAGAGGGUGUUCGGACGGGACCUCCAGGAGCACUUACAGUUCUGGGGUCUGGACGUGCCCCAGGUGCUACGGAGCUGUGCCGAGUUCGUGGAGGAGCAUGGGGUGGUGGACGGCAUCUACCGUCUCUCCGGGGUCUCUUCCAACAUCCAGAAGCUCCGGCAGGAGUUCGAGGCCGAGCGGCGCCCGGAGCUGUGUCGGGAGCUUUACCUGCAGGACAUUCACUGCGUGUCGUCCCUGUGCAAGGCUUACUUCCGGGAGCUGCCCGACCCCCUGCUAACCUACCGCCUCUAUGACAAGUUUGCCGAGGCCGUGGCCGUGCAGCUGGAGAACGAGCGGCUGGUGAAGAUCGCGGAGGUGCUGCGCGAGCUCCCGGGGCCCAAUCACAGGACACUGGAAUACCUUAUGCGCCAUCUGGUACGCAUGGCCUCGCACAGCGCGCAGACCAACAUGCACGCCCGCAACCUGGCCAUCGUGUGGGCCCCGAACCUGCUGAGGUCCAAGGACAUCGAGGCCUCGGGGUUCAACGGGACGGCGGCCUUCAUGGAGGUGAGGGUCCAGUCCAUCGUGGUGGAGUUCAUCCUCACGCACGUGGACCAGCUCUUCGGGGGAGCCGCCCUGCCUGGUGCGGACGCCGAAAGCGGGCGGCGGGCGCUUCCCGGGCCCUUGGCGUUUGGCGCCCCGGAGGACCACGGGCCCCGGUCACUGUCCUACCACCUGCCCAGCAGCCUGCAGGCGGGGGACGGGCCCCCCCAGAUCCGGCCCUACCACACCAUCAUCGAGAUCGCGGAGAACAAGAGGAAGGGCUCCCUGAAGGUCAGGAAGUGGAGGUCCAUCUUCAACCUGGGCCGCUCCGGCCACGAGACCAAGCGGAAACUCCCGCAGGGCACGGAGGACAGGGAGGACAAGCAGGGGACACUGAGGCCCGCCAAGAGCAUGGACUCGUUGAGCGCAGUGGCGGCCGUCGCCGGGGUCGGAGAGGACCCUGAGGGCCAGGGGUCUUCCCAGAGCACGGAGAGCGAGUCCCCGGAGACGGCCGAGGGCGGGCAGGAGGCGGCCGCCGAGGGACCCGCGGGCGGCAGCUCAGAGUCGGCACCGCGCACAGGGGUCUGCCGGGCAGAGCGUCCCACGGGCGUCCACAUCUCGGACCCGUACAAAGUCAACGUCCCUCCCCACAUCACGUCCAUCCUCAGCGCCACCCCCAACAUCAUCUCCAAGGACUCCCUGGCCCGCCUCACCCGGGGCCUCGAGUGCCCGGCCCUGCAGACCCGGCCCAGCCCUACCGCCGGGCCCCCAGCAGACCCCGAGGGCCAGAGCACGGAGAGCGAGUCCCCGGAGACGGCCGAGGGCGGGCCGGAGGCGGCGGCGGCACCGCGCACGGGGGUCUGCCGGGCAGAGCGUCCCACGGGCGUCCACAUCUCGGACCCGUACAAAGUCAACGUCCCUCCUCACAUCAUGUCCAUCCUCAGCGCCUCUCCCAACAUCAUCUCCAACGUCUCCCUGGCCCGCCUCACCCGGGGCCUCGAGUGCCCGGCCCUGCAGACCCGGCCCAGCCCUGCCGCCGGGCCCCCAGAUGAACCCGGGGAGGCCCGGCCCGCCGCCCCGUCCCUGGAGGACUCUGUGUCCCGGGCGCUGCAGGACACCUUCUCCUUCCUGGAGGACUCGAGCAGCUCGGAGCUGGGGGCGGAGGACGGGGAGCUGGACGCGGCGGGGCCCGGAGCCGCCUUCUCCCCCGACGACCCCGGGCUGGGCUACCUGGAGGAGCUGCUGGUGGCCGGGCCGCAGGUGGAGGAGUUCUCCGUGGAGCCGCCCCUGGACGACCUCUUCCUGGACGAGGCCCCCUUCGUCCUGGCCCCCAGCUGCUGCCCCCUGGCCGGGGAGGAGGAGGAGGAGCAGGAGAGCGGGGAGGACAUUUACCUGAGCGCCUACGACGACCUCAGCCCCCUGCUGCAGCCCGGAGCCCCCCACGGAUGGCCGGGCCCUGAGGGAGGGGGCGCCGAGGACAGGGGGGACCCGGGCCAGGGGGACGCGGAGGUGGGGGUGGCGGGGAGGACGGAGGGGCCCCCGGCAGAGCCCCGUCAGGGUGCUCAGGAGGAGCUGGGGGACCGGCAGCAGCCUGAGGGGCCGGGGGCAGGCGGGGAGCACCCAGGGGAGAGCGGGGAGCACCUGAAGGAGAGCGGGGAGCACCCGAAGGAGAGUGGGGAGCACCUGAAGGAGAGCGGGGAGCACUCGAAGGAGAACGGGGAGCACCGAAAGGAGAGCGGGGAGCACCUGAAGGAGAGCGGGGAGCACCCAGGGGAGAGCGGGGAGCACCCAAAGGAGAGCAGGGAGCACCCAGGGGAGAGCGGGGAGCACCGAAAGGAGAGCGGGGAGCACCGGAAGGAGAGCGGGGAGCACCCAGGGGAGAGCGGGGAGCACCCGAAGGAGAGUGGGGAGCAUCCAGGAGAGAGCGGGGAGCACCCGAAGGAGAGCGGGGAGCACCCAGGGGAGAGCGGGGAGCACCCGAAGGAGAGUGGGGAGCACCCAAAGGAGAGUGGGGAGCACCCGAAGGAGAGUGGGGAGCACCUAGGGGAGAGUGAGGAGCACCCAGGGGAGAGCGGGGAGCACCCGAAGGAGAGCGGGGAGCACCCGAAGGAGAGUGGGGAGCACCCGAAGGAGUGCGGGAAGAACCAAGAGGAGAGUGGGGAGCACCCAGGGGAGAGCGGGGAGCACCCCGGAAAAAGUGGGGAGCACCUGAAGAAGAGCAGUGAGCACCAAAAGGAGAGUGGGGAGCACCCAGGGGAGAGAGGGGAGCACCCAGAGAUCCGGGAGCACUUAGGGGAGAGCAGGGAGCAUCCGGAGAUCGGGGAGCACCCAGAGGCGAUCAGGGAGCACCCAGGGGGGAGCGGGGAGCACUCAGAGCCUGGGGGGCUGGUGCAGGCUCCGGGGGCUGCAGGGGGCAGAGACGAGGAGUCCAGAGCACAGCUGGACCCUGGGGACGGAGAAGGAAGAGAAGAGCAGAGGAACGGUGGACGCAGUGACCGCCGGGAGGGUGCUGGGGACAGGGAGGACGGAGAGGACAAGGGUGGAGAUGCAGAAACAGAAUCAGGCCCGGGGCUCAGGGAGGAGCGUGGGAGAGGGGACGGGGAGGCGCAGGGAGAUGUGGGCGCCCCAGGGAACCUUCCAGAACAGGACCCCCUGCUGGCAGACGGUGCCAACGAGGAGGAGCCCACCAGCUGUCCGCAGCCGGGCCCCGAGGCCGAGGGCUGCCGCCUGUCCCUGGGCGCGGGCGUGGGCAUGCGCCUGGCUUCCAGCCUCCUGCAGGUCCAGCACGCCCGCUCGGUGCCCGUGGUGCCCCCCAAGCCCCAGUUUGCCAAGGUGCCCGGGGCUUUGAGCGGCAAGAUCCACGUGGCGCCCGCCAGCCCCUGCCCCAGGCCCGGCCGGCUGGACGGGGAGAAGGCGUGGGGUCCGCAGGGCCCCCGGGCGUGCUGGCGCAACGGGGCCAGCCUCUCCUUCGACGCGGCCGUGGCCCUGGCCCGAGACCGCCAGAGGACAGAGACGCGUGCCCGCUCUGAUUGCAGCCUCCCGGCCAGGGCCGGCCCCUGCGGCCAGACCCCUGGGCACUGUCCCCGGCCCCAGAGCGUCCUGGUGCUCCCUGAGGACGGGGCAGGACCCCGCAGCCGGCUGAGUCUGCCCCCUGGAGACCCCCAGCCCCCCAGCCCCGACCCCGACCUGCUGCCUCAACGCAGGUCCUACGCCUUCGAGACCCAGGCGCAGGCAGGGGGCGGGGCGGGACUGUGACAGGCACCGGGAGGGGACGGAGGUGACCGGGAGGUGUGGCCGGGAGCUGCAGAAGUUGGGGGUUUUACAGGGUGCCCGGGAAGGGGAAGUCCAGCCCCGUCCCUGCCACCCCUCGGAGCCCUCCCCGCAAGCCCCUCCCUGGAGACCUA